ACCAUUUGUACACCUCUGCCUCGAAGGCUCAAACUUUCCUCUAUAUAACCUCUAGGCCAACCAACACACAAGACACAAAGGACAAAAGAAAUCCACUUCCACAAUUCUCUCAAUAAUCUAUCUACCUAUGAAGAGAUCAAUUACUCUUUCAGAAGACCAGAACUACAUGGAUUCUUGUAACAUGAAAAAGAAGAUCCGGCAAGAUCAGAUUCCGAAAACUGUGACCGUUGCAGACGAGACGAGCGUUGGUGUUCUGUUAGACGAGAAUUUGCUCUACGAAGUUCUGAAACACGUGGACGCACGGACGUUAGGUGCGGUGGGAUGCGUGAACAAACUUUUUAAUCGGACGGCUCAGGACGAGCGAUUAUGGGAACUGAUUUGCACGCAACAUUGGGCCAAGAUUGGAAGCAAUAACAACAACGACCAGUUUCGUGCAGUAGUCCUUGCGCUUGGUGGGUUUAGGCGACUUUAUUCGCAUUAUUUAUGGCCGUUAUCUAAGCCUUCUUCUUCUUCCUCCUCAGAUGGUUUAUCUUUAUGUGGGUCCUCGUCGGUAUGGCCGUGUCUACCGCCGCAGCAGCCCCGUACGGCGAAGCCUCCCGCUGCGAAAAGUCGUUGGGGUAAAGAUGAGGUUCAACUAUCUCUGUGUCUUUUGUCAAUUCGUUUUUAUGAGAAGAUGAAUUCUAGUAACAGGAAAUCAAAUUAGACGAAUUGUUAAAUUGUUUAGUUCUUUUCUGGAUUUGGUGUUUGUUUGUGAUUUUAUAUAAUAUUAAGUAGUUGAUCUACUGAUCUAAUCUGUUAUCAUAUGAUCGAUAUAAGUUAGACGUUCGGUCCGGCACUGAAAACAUUGGUUUUAACUAUGAGAAAUUGAUUGUAUUUAACCUUUGUGUUGAGUUUUUCGUGAUCAGUUUCACAAAGAAUUAACGGCAACAUUUUGAAACGCAUCAAACCGACUCCAAAU